CUCUCCUGUGGCUCCACUCUGCGUCGCGUGUCUACAACCGCAGCCUUCUCCGCCGCCUGCGCCUCCGCCGCCGACUUCUCGCCGGCGGUUUCCGCAGCCGCGACUGCGGGCGCGAGCGCGAGCGCGAGGGGGGGAAUCGGCCAUGUCGAGGUGGCGCGCAGCCGCCGCGCGCAUCUCGGCCGCGGCGGAAUCGCGGCUGCUCUCCAGGGCCUUCUCGAGGGUGGGGACGCCCGCUCCCCAGCCCCCGUGCAGAGGCUUCUCCAAGGCCUCCGCCGCCGCCGCCGCGUCGUCGCGCGGCCCUGCCGCAGCCGCAGCCACCACCACCGCCACUGCCGCUGGGGCGAGGCCCGAGGUCAGACUGAAUUCUAUGUUCCUGUCAAAGCCCUGCUCGCUGGCAUUGCCUCCUGACUCCCCUCUUCGAGUGGAAGAUCCAAAGUUUGAGGGCAUUAAGCAUUUGAUGCUCACGCUUUUGCUGUUCUACAGUAAGCAAAGCAAGUCCAUUAGAGGAGCAAAUGUUGUUUAUCAUCGCAUCACUUCUCAAGUUGACAAGUCUGAUAUCUUUGAUGUUUUUCAGUUGGAGAAAACAUUUAAAACAACAUUUUCAUUACUUGUUCUCCAUAUGUGGCUUAUUCUACGUCGCUUGAAAGAAGAAGGGAAGGAUGGUGUUAAAUUUGGACAGUACAUCUAUGAAAUUUACAAUCAUGAUGUGGAGCUUAGAGUUUCGAAAGCUGGGGUUAACUUGCUCUUGACAAAAUGGAUGAAAGAACUUGAGAAGAUAUUCUAUGGGAACAUUGUGAAAUAUGACUCUGCAAUAAGCCCAGAAGCACGUCAGGAUGAUCUUGUAAAUGUCAUCUGGAGGAAUGUGUAUGCCGACGAAGGUUCAGAGGCUAUGGAUGCAGCAGCUGUCCCUGCUAUCCAGGCAUUGGCACGGUACACUCGGAGGGAGGCAACUUGCCUAUCACUGACAGAUAAAGAAGCUAUGUUCUCUGGCAACUUCAAAUUUACAGCCCUGCUGCCGAAUUCUCCCAGCCCAGCGAAGCCUGUGCGGUGAACCAUGACAUGGUAGGUUGGUAUCCCAUGCGAAGAUUGGUAAACAACAUGGACAAAAAAUAUUCUAUCAGCGUCAUAAAAUAACAGGAAUUUCCCUACACUUAUUUAUCGUGGAAUCCUUGCGAAUCUGCCCCUUUUUUAUGACUAUAUUUCAUCCUAGAUAGGAAUUUGUUUUUUCUUUGCCUUGAGCUCACGGUAGGGACGUUGGUUGGAUGUUUUCAAUCUUAUCAUUUUUGUCAUGGCUGAUUUGGACAUGAGCAUCAUUUGUACGUGGGACUGGGUAGGCAAGUAUCCGUACAGAUCUGUCUACAUCUCUAGUAGGGUUUGAUGAUGUGGGAGAAGAAUGUAGUCAAAGCUUCUCGAAUCAGUUUAGUACAUUCCCAUCUUAUGAAUUGGUACGCCAAUUGCUUUAUUGACUGUUUAUAUCGUUUAAGGCAGCAACAGCUUUGACAGGGCCAUCUAGUAGCAAGGUAUUUGGUACUUCCUCCAUCCUAGUAAAAUAUAGCAAUCUAUAGUAUUUGAUUAGACAGCUAGUAUUAGUACUUGUUGUAUCUAAUUCAGAAUGGGACACUUCCUAUUACAAUGAAUCUGGACAUGUUGGUUAUUUCUGUGACGGAGGGAGUACUUUGGAAUGGAGGAUGAUUUACAUCACAUCAGAAUAAUAUAUUCCUCCGACUGA